UUAGGCCCAUUUCUGUUAUCUUGAACUUCCAUAACCCCAGAAAAAAGUUGUUCGGUUGUUCCCUCUAUUUACGUACUUUCUUGAACCGAUGGAGUCUAAAUUUUACAUUUACAUGGUUGACCAAAAAACCUGCAGAAAACAGAAAAUACAGAGGUUCUAAAUCUUUUUUGUGCUAUUGCAAGUUGAUUUCUGGAUUUCUACCAAUUUUGAUCGUGACCCUUUAUUUCUCAAGUGUUGUUUGUGGACAUAAUAGUACAUUUCAAACUAUAUUAGAAUUGGUCUGCAUAUAAGCACACAACUAAUUCUGGGCCCGGAGCUUAUUCGUUGCUCAUUCUGAAUCUUGAAGUUGCCAAGUUGGAAGCCAUUGGUUUGUGGAAACCAUGGCUUCACUUGUGAGUAAUUUGUGGGCACCUUCUUCAUUUGCUUUAACAGAGUUCAAGCCUCAAUCCAGAGCUCAAAUUAGAUGUUCAGCAGCUCAGGAGUCCUCUAUCUUGUCGACUGAUACUGUUAGACUUAAUGGAGUUUCUUCAGCUAAGGAGCAGGAGAGAACUAUUCCGAUGAUGGAUAGGGGGAAUGGUCAUUUACCUGCUGGUGGAGGUACUAGAGAGAAGAAGAAGAAGGGAGAGGAAGAAGUUAUGCAAGAAAAGCUGGAACCGUUGUGGGAUGAUGGGUAUGGAACUCGAAGUGUGAAGGAUUACAUGGACUCAGCAAAAGAUGUUAUUAAGCCUGAUGGUGGACCUCUAAGGUGGUUUUCACCCAUAGAAUGUGGUCCUCCAUUGAAGAAUUCACCUGUUCUUCUCUUUUUACCCGGGAUGGAUGGCGUUGGAUUGGGGCUCAUGUUGCAUCACAAAGCUCUAGGAAGGGUUUUUGAGGUAUGGUGCCUUCACAUUCCUGUGAAAGAUCGAACGCCAUUUGAAGAGAUGGUAAACUUUGUUGAGGAAACUGUGAGGAAUCAGCAUGCUUCGUCUCCAAAUAAGCCAAUAUAUCUUGUGGGAGAUUCAUUUGGAGGAUGCUUAGCACUUGCAGUUGCUGCACGUAAUCCGGUGAUUGAUCUUGUACUAGUAUUAGCUAAUCCAGCAACGUCAUUUAACAGGUCACAGCUGCAACCUUUGCUACCUUUCUUGGAGGCUAUACCUAUUGAACAUCAUUUUACAGUCCCUUACCUUUUAAGCUUUGUCAUGGGUGAACCAGUGAAGAUGGCAAUGGUUACUGUUGAUGCUACUCUUCCUCCACGAAUAGCUGUCGAACAUUUGGCUGGCAAUCUUACAGCUUUGUUACCACAUCUUUCAGUAUUGGCUGAUAUUAUACCAAAGGACACUCUCCUCUGGAAGCUCAAGCUUCUUAGAUCGGCUGCCAGUUAUGCUAAUUCCCGUCUUCAUGCUGUUACAGCUGAAGUACUAGUGCUUGCAAGUGGCAAGGAUAAUAUGCUUCCUAGUGGUGAUGAAGCACAACGGCUUGAAAGGUCAUUAAGAAACUGCAAAGUAAAAUACUUCAAGGACAAUGGCCAUGCCAUUUUACUGGAAGAUGGGGUCAAUUUGUUGACUAUGAUCAAAGGUACUUUCAAAUAUCGUCAGUCAAGAAAGCAUGAUGUUGUCAUGGACUUUUUACCUCCUAGUGAUUCAGAGUUCAAGCAAGCACUUGAGAGUAAUAAAAUUUACCGGUAUCUUAUUGGCUCAGUAAUGUUUUCCACAUUGGAGGAUGGCAAGAUAGUGAGAGGCUUGUCAGGGGUUCCAAGUGAAGGUCCAGUCAUACUAGUUGGUUAUCACAUGCUGUUAGGUUUGGAACUUGUUUCUCUUGUUGAAGAAUUCCUGAGGCAAAGGAAAAUUCUGGUCCGUGGUAUAGCACAUCCAACGCUAUUCUCACAGUUGGUGGAGACUGACUCGAAAGAGUUUACAUUCUAUGAUACGUUAAAAAUUUAUGGUGCAACACCCGUCAGUGCAACCAACCUUUUCAAAUUGUUCAAAACAAAAUCACAUGUUCUUCUUUACCCUGGUGGUGCUCGUGAGGCUUUGCAUCGUAAGGGUGAAACGUACAAGUUGUUUUGGCCUGAUCAGCCAGAAUUUGUGAGGAUGGCAGCUAAAUUUGGUGCCACAAUUGUACCAUUUGGAGUCAUUGGAGAGGACGACAUGGCAGAGUUAGUCUUUGACUAUAAUGACUUGAUGAAGAUCCCAGUGCUGAAUGACUACAUUAGAAAAAAGAACGAAGACUGGAAAUUUAGAGCUCAUGUGACUGGAGAGAUUGCAAACCAAGAAUUAUAUAUGCCAGGCUUUUUGCCUAAGGUUCCUGGCCGCUUGUACUAUUUGUUUGGGAAGCCCAUUCAGACAAAAGGAAGGCAAGAGUUGUUGAAAGACAGAGAGAAAGCAAGAGAGCUGUAUCUCCAGAUAAAGUCCGAAGUUGAAAACAGUAUGGCCUACUUGCUUAGAAAAAGGGAGGAAGAUCCAUACAGAAAUAUCUUGGACAGAACAGCAUAUCGGGCAUUUUCUGCUCCAAUAGAUCAAGUCCCAACCUUUGAUCCCUGAAUCAUGAUUUACAUACAUGCAUCUCAUUGCAAGGUAGAAUAGGACGUACAGCAGAGAGUCAAAGUUAGGAUGUUGACAAUCAUUCUUUCGCCUAUAUAUUCUUUUCGGGAAAAUCCUACUUUAAGCGUACACAUGAUUUAUACGACAGACACAAAUUAAAUCAUGGCUUAUCUCCUUGAUUUUAAGGAUUUCUAUA